AUGGAAGCCGUUGUGUUUAUCGCUGUUGCCAGUAUAAUAGUAAACACAGUGAAAGCAGUGGAGCCGAAGCAAUUGAAUCUAGCCCUCGAAACAGUCCUUCAAUUUGACGAGAAAGACCGAGCAGCCGACCUAGCCGUCCUAGACAAAGUGCAAGAUUUCCUAGAUAAAAUUAAAAAUGCCAUGCAAACCAGUGGUAGGAGAAGUAGCGGAAAUGAUAUAUCAUUCACAGAUUUCAUUCUUAAAGCAGCUAAAAUUCUAAAAAGUCUCAAAGACGAUGAACUGGAAGAAGCAUACGUCAUUAUCAAUGAUGAAUCGAGACGAUAUAUUAACACAGAUACUGAGUUAAGAGAGCUAUUCGAUGAUAAUGACAUGAGAAGGUACGUUUCUCAGAAAUUGCAUGAUAACAAGGAGAUGGCAGCUCAUGACUUGCGUAGGCAUAUAGAUGCAGUAAUUACCCUAAUAGGACUUAAUCGAGAAGCUGGAGAAAAUACCGACUUAUUUCAAAUUGGGAAUACUUUGUAUGAAGGUGCUAGUGCUACAUUGAGGAAAGCUCUUAGUGACCUAAAGAACAUGAGAAGAGGUAAAGAAUAUAAUACAGGGAACUCGUUAAGAAGAGUGCUCGCUUCGCUUGCAUUGAAGCAUUAUGACUCGCUCGGUGAUGCUGUAAAAACUCAAUUAAAAAAAUUGAUCAAAAAUUAUUGGCAAACAUAUAUUGAAAGCAAUGGACCCAAUGCCUUACGCAGCUACAUAACUACUACUAGGCGUACGUUGAAUCAAUGGAAAACACGCAAACAUAGAUAUUACGAUACUUUUACGGCACAAACAAAAAAGACAUAUUCACCAAAAAACAUUAACUUUUUUAAAAACAAACCUUAUAAAAAACCGGAGGUUUUCGUAUCUAAUGACGAUUUAAAGACGUUGCUUGGUAUGCAUAUUAAUCAACCAAAAUCAAAUCAAAACCCAGGGUGCUGA